CAUGUACCCUCUUCCACGAGGGGUCCCCACUUGCUUGCCGGCGAGGAGGAGCUCCCGUUCCAUCUGCUGGGUGCGCGUGCCUCCAAACCCCCGGAGCUGGCCUCGACAUCUUCUAGUGACAAUAGCAUCAUCGGGCCGAGUCGAGCCCCGACGUAGACGUCGCCGCCAUCCACCGACGACUGCCUUAACCGACGACUGCCUUAACCGACGACUGCCUUAACCGACGAGGCCCAUGCAGACACGCUCAGCAGGCUGCCUAGAAUCCCUCAGCCCUUAGCCACCAUCCGCGCGCCUGCGACCGCUCCUCUCAUCCUCGCCGAACUGUAGUAGGCAAGGGCCGCGAACGCAGAACCGACAUGUCUCUCUCCGAUUCAUUCACCGUGCCCGACAUUCCGGCCUCAUCAGACCACGACGAUGACAUCGACUCGCUACCGUCUUCCUCAACUGAGAGCUUCGAAUCCGACGAUGACUUCGAUGCGCAAAAGGAGUGGGAGGCCAGCCUCGAGCAGCUCCAGCUGCUGCUGACCAUGAUCAUUGUGCCUUUUGCCGGGAAAUACUUUGGCAGGAAGUUUGCGUAUUGGAGCUGGGCGCGAUAUAUGGAAUGGAGCCACGACGUCGAGAUACAAUGGACAAACAAGAAGAGGUUCAAGGUUGCGGGUGCAGUGGAGGCUGCUGCAACAUUAUAAUGCGAGAGGCAUUGGAACGGGGAAGAAGCGGUCCAUGCUUGUUACGGUCGACCAUGUAUGACGAAACAGAGGAUUGACACACAGCUUGCACGUCAUGGGAGUGCUUUGUGUAGAGAGCAUAUCACCAUGCUACCAAAAAUCAUUGUAUAGGGCGUCUUGGCGAUUUUAAUUUUCGGGUAGAAUGCAUUUCAAGGGACUUAUUGUCGUAGCUGGCGUGCGACACCUGGUAUGCAACAGGACUGCCGUUCAGAACAAGUGACUCGCUACCGUGUACUGCUGAUGACUGUCAGCCGGUGAUCAGUCUUAACCAAGCAGGAAUCAAAAAUAUCAUGACACCACUCACAGUUUGCUGACCUGAACAAGCACAGGAGCCAAUCUCUGC